AUGUAUCGAUGCGUUAAAAUACAUGAAAACGAUACAAAGUUUCAAUUAAUACUCUGGCGCAAUAAUACUACAGAUCCUUUGAAAAUUUACAAGUUACUCACGGUAACAUAUGGGAUGAGCCCUGCCUCUUUUUUAGCUACUCGUUGCUUAAAACAGUUAGCUCUUGAUAAUGAAAUCAAUCAUCCUGAGGCUGCUCAAUCUAUUUUAAAGGAUUUUUACAUGGACGACUACUUAGUCUCCGUAAAGGAUAUUAAAUCUGCAUGUUUUUUAAUAAAAGAUGUAUAUAACAUUUUACUGUCGGGCGAAUUCCGUUUACGCCAAUGGUCUUCAAAUAAUGAGCAAAUUUUGAAUUUUGUUUCACAAUUAGAUCCCUCUACUAAAACAGAUUAUAUUAUUAAGGACGAACAAAGUUGCAGUAAAACUUUAGGUACGGUCUGGAACUCUUCAGAGGAUAUUUUAAAAUAUGUUACAAAUCCCGAAUCUGGUCCAGAUCACUACAAGAUCUUCACAAAAAGACGAAUUUUAUCCAUUAUCAGUCAAAUCUUUGAUAUUCUAGGACUUAUAGGUCCCGUUAUUACGCGCGCGAAAUUAUUUAUGCAAAAAUUGUGGGGUUUAAAAAUAGGUUGGGAUGAUCCAGUACCCGACAAUGUUCUAAUUUCGUGGCUACAGUUUUACAAUAGUUUGAAAUUAAUUGAAAAAUUAAAAAUUUCACGACAUAUUCUAAUAACAGAUUUCAUAUCCAUAGAAAUGCAUUUCUUUACCGACGCUUCUCAGUACGCUUAUGGUACUGCAAUUUAUUUCAGGUCCAAGAAUUCAUUGGACACAGUAAAUGUAAAUCUAGUUUGUUCCAAAUCUAGAGUUGCUCCUUUGAAAGUAAUUUCUAUCCCUCGAUUAGAGCUUUGUGCCGCCGAAAAAGAAGUAGUCGACUAA